AUAUUGAAUCUGCAUUCUGCAUUCACAACAUGUCUUCCCGUUUCUCCAUUUCGGAGCGGUCUGAAGGUCAUUGGCGAAGGGCGAUAAGAUAGGGACGGGAAUGGUAAGUGGGGAUAUCCAUGUCGGUACAAUUACCGUGCUGCCGUGCUACAGCAUAUGUUGCGGUAGCAACUAUCUGGGUCCCAGCCACCCCUGCCCCCUAUCCAGUGAUUCAGUCAGUGGACCUUUACGUGCUAAUUACAGGGUUGUACGUUGGUAACGACGAAUACAACGCGAUGUUGGCGCCUUAUUAUCAUCUACCUAGUUGUUAACCGCGCUCACAUCUAGCCCUGUGAGUUGUACAGUACCUUACCUAGACGAUCACUCACCUACGAAUAUUUCGAUUUGAUUUCUCCUCGUUUGCUUGAAAUCCAGAUUUACGCAACGCAUUUCUUUUGAAUACGUUAUGAUGUUGUUUUAGCAGUCCAGUUUCUGUAUUGUAUUGUACCUACCACCCAAAAUCUUGCGCGCGCGAUUACUCUGCCCUGUUUUUAAAGGCGGGUUACAGCCGAAUACGAACGAACCUUGGAACCACAACACCCACGAGCCAACACCGACGGAAGCGGAGGCACGUUUUCGAAUCUUAAGACGACUUCGGGCGAAACUCAAUCUCGUUAAUCCUCUUCCAUCCGAUUGAUAACGGCAUUUCAUACACACCGAAAUCCUCCAUGCCGCCUCCCGAACCCCUGCGCGCCCUCGCGCGCCUCGCCGCUCCGGCGUCUACUUCUUCCUCGACUCCCCCACCGACCACCAUAUCAUCGUUCACCGGCAAACUCCACGCCCUCGCCUCCCGCACGCACCUCCUCCCCCGCCUCGCCACGGACGUCAGCACCGUGCCGGAGGGGUACGGACGAACGCCCAACGGCCCCGCCCCCGGCGCCGUCGUCGGCAUCGUGUUAGGCUCGAUCGCAGGCUUCAUCCUGCUACUAGGGCUGAUCUACUGGUGCGUGAACAUCGGAAACGCGACGCCGCCCGACAUCGAGUCCGGAUCCGUCGGGGCCGGUGGCUCGUCCAGCGUCGUCUCGUACCGCUCGCGGCCGCGCGUGCAUCGCCAUAGCAAUCGCCACACCCACACCAACAGCCGCUCGGACUACAGCCCCCGCCGGCGCACGAAGGAGACGAUCGAGAUCACGCGUCGAGAUGUCAGGCGCGAGGUGUCGCCGCCGAGUAGUCCGGGCGUGGACCAGAUUAUUGUUAUGGAGGAGCAUGGGCGGAGCGGGAGUAGUAGGUCGAGGUCGAGGUCGACGAGUGUGAGUCGUGUGCAUGCGCGCAGGAUGUUGGAUGAGGAUGAGAUUGUGGUUGAGGAGGAGAAUAGCACGCCCCCGCGACGAAGGGAUAGUAGACGGAGUUAUGGGAGGAGGAGGAGUAGUGAGCGGAGGAGUGGGCAGUUUCGGUAUUCUGGGGGGGAGGGGUCGAGGGAUAUGAGUCGGAGAAGGAGGAGUAGUUCGAGGAGGGCGUGAUGUCUGCUUCGUUGUGAGGGUAAUGGGGAUGGUGGGGAGGUGGGGAGAAGGUGGUGUAAUGGGUGGUAUAAUGAGUGGUGAUGAGUUUGGGAGGUUCUUGGAAAGGACGGGGCUAAUGUGGUUACAACUACACUGGGAAAGAUCUAAGACGAACAUGAACAUAUGGAUGGGAUAUUUGGAAGAUCUGUGUAUUAUUUGGUAAUCUACAUUUAGCAUGGCGUAUGAGGAGAAUGAAUGUAUGUGACAUUGGAGAGGCUAGUGGUUUCGAUGACAUUUUUGUGUUUUUCUAAGCAUUACUGACUAGAUUCUCCUGAAAUUCAGGGCCAUAACUUGUUCGCUGGUACUACGUAUGUAACGAU